AUGGAUACUUUCUCCCUACAUGAGCCUAUUUCAUCACAACAGACACUUAAAUUAAAAAUACUGAAUCAUUAUCCUGUCCGACUUUUAACUUUGUUCUUCCUUGGGGCUCUGACCUCGUUCAUCAUUGACCACCUACUUACCCAGAACCAUAUUACCGAAUACCCCAAGAAUAUAGUCAAAUUGAUUGACACUGCUGCGUGGAUACCACCCACGUGCGGUGCUUCAGCGGCUUUGGUUGGAUCUUUGUUUCCGUUGGUUGAUUAUUGGUAUUUACGACGACCACAUGAGUUUCAGAAAGAAUGGAGCGUCGUUAUGAGAUGCCUCGGUGGUUUUAUCGGAGUAGUAUAUGCGGCGACGAAACUCCCAUGGAAUGGUAACUAUCAUGUAUCCCUAACACUCGCGCUGAUGUCGGUUGUAUUGUGGUUCCUAUUUGAUCGAACAUGGCACGGGCUUUUUAUGUCUGUGCUGUUCUCUUCAAUAGGGACCGUGGUUAUGUAUUUGAUGGUUUUGAAUGGAGUUUAUAGUUUUACACAAGCAGACUUUUUUGGAGUUAGGUCAUGGGCUCCGUGUAUCCUGUUCUCAUCUUGUGUAUGUUUCGGUACCAUUGGCCGACAGUUGGGAAUAGUACCGAAGGAGCUAUUUGAGGAGAAUGAAGGAGGA